AUGCGCAGGGGCUUGUGGGGCCGCAGGGGCCGCAUCAUGCUGGUGCUGGGCGCCUUCAUUGGCAUGCGGCUGGCUGCGCAGCCAGCCGCCGUCCUUGUGCGGGCGGUGCUGCGGCCGGGGCAAAGGUCAAGAGCGCGAGUCUUUGCUGGCGCCACGGAGGCUGAGAGUCGCCUCGAUGCCCGGGAUGUCGACUUCAUGCAGCGCCUGCAGGGCCUGGCGGCGGAGGUGCUGGCGCUGCCGAAUCUGACGGCCCACCAGCGCCUCAUGUGGGCGACCUCGCUGCGCCUGGACGCCGUGCCCGUGCAGGAGUUGCCCCCAUGGUUCUGGGAGCGCCAGAACAUCACCCGCCGGACUCCAGGCGUCGACCUGCUGAGCUUGGACGGCCGCCGCGGCAUCCGCUGCUGUGCGGAGGCUGUGGAGUUUCAGCAGGUGAGGCGCUUCCUGCGGCUGGCCAAGUGGGUCUACAAGGCCUCGGACUGCGUGAUGGUCACGAGCAGCCCUGAUGUGCUUUCAAAGCAAUCGCAGAAAUGGCUGCGCAGAUCGAAGGCGAAGCGACAAACCUUGUCUUUCACAGCACCUCGUCGGUCUAGGAGGCUUAGCAGGAAGCCCUCGAAAGUUCUGCAAGCGGAUUCUUCAGAUCCCCCGCUGCGGCCGUGCCAGCGGGAGUGCCUGGAGGCGUGCGCGAAGGGCGCGCGGGUCAUUGAGAUGGCCUGUGGAACGGGCAAGACGCGGGUCAUGAAGGAGUUGGUGCGCAACAUCUCAGGGAGGGUACUGCUCACGGUGCCUUUGCGCGCAUUGCUGGAGCAGUUUGCGGAGGAUUUCCCAGGCUUUUGCAAAGUGGGAACAGGGUACAACAAGCACAUCAAUUGGAAUGCGAAAGGGUUUCUUGCUGUGACAGACUCGGUUCGUAUGCUGAAACGGUUGGAGUUUGAUGCCAUAUUUGUGGAUGAAGCUCAUCACCCGCAAGCAGGAUUUCCAAAGACGCAAGACUUGUAUCGCUUCUCUGCCACCCAUUGGGAUGAGCCGGAUUUCCGCUACAGCAUGGGCCAGGCCAUGGAGGACAGAAUCUUGUGCGAUUACGAUCUUACAGUGCCGGUUGUGACGCCUCACCACGGGCACACUUAUUUGAGCUUGGCGGACCUUCUUCUGAAGCAAGCCGGGAGGUUUAGGCGGAUCCUGGCAUAUUGCAACUCUGUCCAAGAAGCCAAGAGCUUUCGGAUGGUGCUCCGGAGGCUGGGCAUGGCGGCUUGGCACAUGAACGGUGGCACCCAGCCAAAGAAGCGCCAGAAAAUCCUAGAGCAGUUUUCUGGUGCCCUGCAAAAACCUGUCCAUGUGCUGGUGACGGUCGAGGUGCUUGGGGAGGGCAUUAACAUCCCUAAUGCAGACACCUGUAUGUUUGUGGAACCGCGAGGUAGCUACCGGAGCAUUGUACAAGCAAUUGGACGUGUGCUGCGGCCUCACCCCACCAAGCCACUUGCGCACAUCGUUUUGCCUGCAGUUGCCCUGACGCCUCAAGGUUCAAAACGCGGUGAGUUUUCGGCCCCGCAUGACGAGCACACAGUGCCCAUGGCACAAGUGCCUCCAGAAUUGUCUGAUGACAGCGAUGAUGGCCUUGGUCGCCUUCGCAAUCCUGGAGCGGCAACGGGCAAAGAAACAACCGGUUUGCUUGCCCAACAUGUCUUGAACGCUUCUCUUUUCCCUUCGCGGAACACGAGGGCAGCGCAGGACAAGCGGAAACUGCUGGCCCCGCAAACCGAUCAUGUGCGCGUGAAGCUUCUCAACAAGAUGCCAAUUGAUGGCAGCGCACACCACAUGCAAAAGCAAGACGAGCGAGAAGACGCGCGACUUGCAACUUCAGCAGGUGCCCAAAUUUUGCGAUCAGGCGGACUGCGGGGCAGCAGUGAGGAUGGUGCAGGGCAGCAGGUUUCCAGCACUACUGUCACUACUGCGAAAGCUGUGGCAGGCAGCCACCCUCAGUCCCUCCAGAUGGCUGGUGCAGCUACCGAAGACCUGCGUAGACAGGUAAGGGGGCUUGAAGCGCACCAGGCACCUCAAAAGCCUAAACGCAUGAAUGCAGAAGCUGCAGCUGAGAAGUGGCAAGGACGCCGGGCACCAGGAACUCCCUCCCAUGAACUGGUAUUACGACCAUAUGAUGCCAACAUGAUAGCUCACGAUGUGAGAAAGCUUUCACGUGGCAAGGUUGCAAGCGCGGGUUUGGCAGAAGGAAAGAGGAGCGAAAGCGCGGCCUCCUUGCAAGCUACUUGGGUGUUGCCAGACCAUGUAAAGAGCCCAGCUGUCAUUGCUAACCCGACGCAGUAUUGUCCAUCAGGAGGUCGCGCGGAGCCAGCUCUGAGGCGGCGUGGCCAGAAGCUCGCCGUACGAUGGCGCGCAGAAAGCAAAUUAGCAAGUGGCUUCAACAGCCAACUGCAAAGGUUCUUCGCUGCAUUGGUUCGUGCAGACCACCGCUUGUUUGGCCUGGGAAGGCCUCUGGGGCAGCGUGUCCAGGUUGUCGACUGCUCGAGGGCCUGGCGCAAGGUAGUAUGCAUCAACGAGGUUACCGACACCAUCUUCGCAGAGCUUGCAGCAGUGCUGCGCAAGCAGGAUUUAUGGGAUUUGCGCUUCAGAGAUCUGGAGCGUUUUAUCAGCAAGCAUGGUAGGUUGCCUAGGGAGACGGCGCGCAGGUGCGAAGCAAGAUCGUUGUGCUUUUGGCUUCAAAACCAGGGGGCAAAAGUUCGUUCGCAGCAGAUGCUGCCGCACAGGCUCCACCGGUUUCUGAAUGCCACAUCACCCUUGAUUCGCAAACGCGUACAAGUCUGGAUGGACUUGCGCCGCCCAACUUUCGAAAGGAAGUGCGAAGAGCUGCGGGAAUACAUCCUGGCCAACGGCACGUUGCCCUCAUUCUCACGCAAACAUGGCUUCGCCGCAGAGUACAAUCUGGCUGCGUGGCUGCGCCGCCAGACACGCGGAAUUUCCAUCAUGGAACCCAUGAAGUGGAAGAUGCUGGAGGACAUUCAUCCUUUGGUGAAAGCAAAGCUGCACUCCGAGUCAACAAGCAUAGCGCUGGUGAAUGUAGAGGUUUGGCAAGCGAGGUUGCGUGAGCUUCUUGGGUUUGUUGCUAGGGAAAGACGGCUUCCGCAGAAACUUCGCGAAGGCGGGCUAUAUAAGUGGCUUCUGCUACAGCGUCGCCGUUUCCGCUACGGCAAACUGCCGUCCGGGCUGGCGCUUCAACUUCAGAGGUCACAUCCACUUAUCGUGCAACUCCUGCAGGGGGCUACAGGCACAAUGCAGGCAACGAGCUAG